UUCAAAUUUGUGAACAGAAACAACGUCACUGUGUUUUAACAAGAAAUCCACGCUAAUAUCCAGAUAUUAUUUACAUGUACUACGAUACUUGUUGAAUAACUCGCGUUUCGAAAUAAAAUCAAAGAAAAAAAUUCCAACGGCAAUGAAUGCAAAACGCAGGAAGGUUGACGCUGAGUGCCGAAAAAGCAGAGAAAAUGAAGGAAAUACCCGUGCCAGCUACGAAGUCUGAAAACGUAUUGCAGAAAAGAUAAAGCCUUUUACAAAUGGAGAGUUUGUCAAAGAAUGUUUACUGGCAGUAGUGGAUAUUGUUUGUCCUGAAAAGAAAUCGUUAUUUGCAUCUAUCAGACUGUCAGCAAGAACGAUCACACGGCGAGCUGAACAAUGUCAGCAGAUGUUAAAAGUUAUUUAAGGGAUGCCUGCAACGAAUUGCAUUUUUUUCAAUUGCACCUGAUGAGAGUACAGACUUGAGAGACACUGCUCAACUUGCAGUGUUUAUGCGAGGAGUGACCUCGACUUUUCAAAUUUAAUGAAGAGUUUAUUCAAUUAAUUCCUAUGAAGGACACGGUUACUGGAGCAGACAUUUUUGAGGCUUUGCUGAAAAUUAUGUUAGAAAUGAAACUUAAUGUGUCGAAGCUAAUUGGCAUCACAACUGAUGGGGCACCAGCAAUGGUGGGACAGAAAAACUAAACUGAGAUCUUUGAUUACUAAUUGGCAUCUUUGGUUAAGCACAAAUGAUUUUCUAGCAUGUAUUAUUCAUUAAUUUGAGGCAAAACAUAACUAGAUGUACUUAAAUGGAUAAUUCCCAUAUUUCAAGUUUUUUUAUGGCAUUUAUCUGGCCCACCGUCCGCUCAUUAAUAGGCGAUCUGGCCCACAGAGGCAAAAAGGUUACCGGCCCCUGUACUAGACCAUGCCUUGCGGUUCUAGGAGACAUCUUAUCAAUAUGAAGAGGAGGCCACAGACGGCAUUGGUUCACAUGGUGUCCAUGACAUUCCUGAGGAAGCCUGACUUGCAGUGCAGAUUUCAAACUACUCGACAACCAACUGCUCCUCUUGGUUCCCGAAUUUUAUCUGAUCCCAGCAGAGUGUUUGAACACAAUAUGUGGGAUCACAUCCAAUGGACUCCAGAGCAGGAAGAUCUUGCUAGACAGAAAGCAGAAGAAAAUUCUAGUGUUAAACUCUCGAUGGAAGAACAAGUCAGAUUUGAUAAGGAUGCUAAUCGUUACUGGGAUGAAUUUUACAAAGUUCAUCAAAACAACUUCUUCAAAGAUCGCAGAUGGUUGUUCCUGGAAUUUCCUGAGCUCCUACCACAGAGAACACACAAAUGUAAUGAAAUUGACCUUGAAUCAAAAAGUACUUCCAUAUUAUGUUCACAUGUUUCCUUGCAACCAGAAAAGAAAUUGGGUGGUAUUAUCAGGACACAUGCUACAACGACAUUUGAAACUCCACAGAAAGCUGAUUCUGUAGAGAGAACAAGAACCAAUGAAGGCAUGAAAUUGGAUGAUGAAAAACAAGACCAGAAAUGGACAGGCAGACAAAAGGAUCAAGGAUAUUUUCCUGGUAUCGAUUUCACAUUCAAAAUUUUUGAGGUUGGAUGUGGUGCUGGAAACAGUGUUUUUCCUAUCCUGAAUAAAAUUUGUGAUCCCAAUAUCUUUCUUUAUUGCUGUGAUUUUUCAGCUUGUGCAGUCGAUCUGGUGAUGUCUCACCCUUUGUACAAUGCAUCCAAAUGUUAUGCCUUUGUUCAUGAUCUGUGUGAUGAAGCAAGCUCCACCUACCCAUUUCCAGAUGGAAGUAUUGAUGUCAUUCUCCUUGUGUUCGUGCUUUCUUCUAUUCAUCCAGAAAGGAUGCAGAUGGUAAUAAACAGAUUGAGCAAGUUACUCAAACCUGGAGGAAUGAUACUAUUUCGGGAUUAUGGUAGAUAUGAUAUGUCUCAGCUUAGAUUUAAAAAAGGCCGAUGUUUGUUUGGGAAUUUUUAUGUCCGAGGAGAUGGUACUCGUGUUUACUUCUUUACUAAAGAAGAAAUUGCACAUAUAUUCAUCUCAGCAGGUUUGAAGGAAGUUCAAAAUUUAAUGGAUCGACGACUCCAAGUUAACCGCAAAAAGAAAAUUGCAAUGCAUCGUGUCUGGGUGCAAUGUAAAUACCAAAAACCCUUCACAACAGAUUUAAAUUAAGAUUGAAGGAGGCUAGUAGAUUUCCUAAAAGUAAUAUUUUAAGGGUAUAUAGAGUGCCAUAGUAGCACAGUAGUUAGCACGGCGCUAUUACAGCUCAGGGAGUAGAGUUUUGCGUUCACUUCCAGCAUCCUCUGUAAGCAAAUCCAUACAUUCCUUCCCCUGAGGACAUGGGUUUCCUCCGGGUGCUCCGGUUUCCAUCUGCAGUCCAAAGACAUACCAGUUAAUUGGUCAUUGUAAAUUGUCCAGUAACUUAGACUAGGAUUGGAUCAGGGGUUUGCUCAGCAGAGCAGCUUGAAGGCCUGGAAGGGCCUAUUCUGCGCUGUACCUAUAAAUAAAAUAUUACUACCAUUUCACCAUGCGUUACUUUUCUUGUCUUUUCUCUGUGUAGUUUAACCAAUAUGUUCCACCUUUGAUAUGACAGGUGAUACAAAUAUUUACAAUUUGUUCUUGCCUGACUUCAUGAUGUGUAUUUCUGUUUCAGUUUUGUAUUCGAAAAGUACAUGAUCAUGCUGAAUUUUCAAAGCUGUUAAUAAUGCUGCAUCACUCCUGUAAUGUAAUGGAAACAGAACAAUCGUUAUAUUUAAAUACUCUACUAAUUUAUGGCAAGAGAACAGCAUUACCAACAAGAAAUGCAUAUCAGUAUCCAAACAGUUUACAAUGGUAGUCCCAGUAGAAGUUUUCUCCAGGAACUGUUAAAAACGACACCAUUGAAGCACUGAAAUUGAAACACAGAUUAAUCUACCAUUAAUUUUCACCCAAUGUGUCCUGAGCUUUGUAAAACCAG